CUCCUUCUCCAAUUAAAAUUCACUGGAGUUAGGGUUAGGGUUUUAAGCGAGCUGGGACGGCGAUUUCAAGGAGGAGGAUAGUUCGUUUUGUGUUCGCCGGCCGUCUCCGAAGAUAGUGAUAUGUCGAAGAAGAAUAAUUUAGCAAAGAGGAAAAAGCAGCACGAAUUCGAUCUUCAGAGAGAAAAGGAAGAGAAGGAGAAGAAAGCCAAGAAGCUUCAAGCAAAGAAGAACAAAAUGAAAGUGGAUGGAAGUGACAAGAAGAAGAAGGGUGGAUGUGGGUUUCAGGUAGGGAAGAGAAAAGUGAAGACCAAGUUGACAGCAGUGGCAAAAGCUAAGGUAGCACAGGCGAUGGAGCUUGACAAAUGAGGUUCAUGUUGAAUCUCUUUUAGGUGCGAGUGGAAAAUUAUUUAGCUUUGUGGUUUUGUAUUCAAUCCAUACUUCAUCGUGACAAAUGCCUUUUGUUUAUGUGACUUCUCUUGUCCAACAUGCUCAUUCAUAUUAUCCAAUUCACUAAGUUUUCAUAUGGUUUUGUAUGGCAUAUUGACUUUGUGUGCUAAAACGAGAAAUUUCUUUAGUUACUGGUCUCGUCCAUUGUUUAGAAACAUGCUUGGCAUUUCCUGAGGUAUUUUGGAAUUAUAUGUAGACACAGAACAAAGAGGUGUAAAUUGUAUGGAUUACAGUGAGGUUUGGCAUGUAGAUUACCAGUAUUCUGUGCAACAAUCUUGCUUUAGAGAAAGUAUGAAGUGCCCUGUUCAAGCCUAUAUCUACUUGUGGAUGAGACCUUAAAGAAGCAUUUUAGGUGCAUCGCAUGAACUAGGAAGUACCAAAUCUACCAGGUUAUAAACUUGACAUGGGAUU